UUGAGAUUGCUGCGAGGAGAGAAGGGAUGACGGGGAAAGGGGAGGUCGGCCUCGAUCAGCCCGGGAAUGGUCAGAGAAUCAGCGGUCCCUGAGCAACAUUUGUGUUGGGCAAGUGUUAAAAUCCCGAAGUAGAAAGAGACCCCAUAGGGUAUAAACUUGGGCUGAGGGUGGAGCGAAGGAUUUCUGAGAGAGAAAGGAAGAGAGAGGGUGGGGGGAGAUCCAAGGCUGAUCCUGCUAGAUGCCAACUUGAAGAAGUCUUCAGCUCGCACUCCUGAGUUCUCUGCAACGCUGAAACUUCGCGGAGAUCUGGGAGAAGGCACUCAGAGUGUGCGAUCUAAAAGGGCGCGGGCGCACGGGUGGGACGCAAGGGGGUUGCCUGCAGAGCUCACAGCAUGGCAGUGCCGGGCGAGGCCGCCCAAGACCGGGCCAAGCAGGGCCUCGGAAGGGCGAGUCCUGCCCAGGUGUCCAGCUGGGACCACCACCGUCGGGGUGCGUCCCCUCCAUCUCUGUGGAGCUCGGACUGCCGAGGUUGUUGGGGAGUCCAGGCGCUGCAACCACUCCGGCGCUCGCCGCAACUCUCCUCGGCGUUGUGCGCGGGCUCCCUGUCCGUGCUGCUGGCGCUGCUAGUGAGGCUGGUCAGCGGGGAGGUUGGAGGCAAGCUGGAGUCGAGUCAGGAGGCGGCGGCCGAGGAGGAGGAGGAGGAAGGAGCCCGAGGGGGCGUCUUCCCGGGCCCUCGGGGAGGUGCUCCCGGGGGCGGCGCGCAGCUCAGCCCUUGGCUGCAGCCGGCCGCGCUGCUCUUCAGUCUCCUGUGCGCCUUCUUCUGGAUGGGCUUGUGCCUGCUGCGCGCCGGGGUGCGCCUGCCUCUGGCCGUCGCGCUGUUGGCCGCCUGCUGUGCCGGGGAAGCGCUGGUGCAGCUCUCUCUGGGCGUGGGGGACGGUCGCCUGCUGUCACUGCCCGCCGCGGGGGUCCUGCUCAGCUGCCUGGGUGGCGCGACAUGGCUGGUGCUGAGACUGAGGCUGGGCGUCCUCAUGGUCGCCUUGACUAGCGCGUUCCGGACGGUGGCCCUGGUUUCUCUGGAGAGGUUCAAGGUCGCCUGGAGACCUUACCUGGCUUACUUGGCGGCCGUGUUGGGGUUGCUGCUGGCCAGGUACGCCGAGCAGAUCCUGCCGCAGUGCUCCGGGCCGGCUCCGCCCAGGGAGCGGUUUAGGUCCCAGCUGAGCGCGAGGACCAAGGAAGAGAUUCCGGGGUGGAAGAGGAGGAGGCGGUCCAGCUCCGUGGUGGCCGGCGAGAUGUCUGGCUGCAGCGGCAAGUCGCACCGGAGGACCUCCCUGCCCUGCAUACCCAGGGAGCAGCUUAUGGGUCAUUCAGAAUGGGACCACAAAAGAGGGCCACGAGGAUCCCAGUCAGGAACCAGCAUCACCGUGGAUAUUGCUGUGAUGGGCGAGGCCCAUGGCCUCAUUACCGACCUCCUUGCAGACCCUUCCCUGCCUCCGAAUGUGUGUACAUCCCUGAGGGCUGUAAGCAACCUGCUUAGCACCCAGCUCACCUUCCAAGCCAUUCACAAGCCCAGAGUAAACCCCACUGUAACUUUCAACGAGAAUACAUGCUCCGAUUCCGAGGAGGGCUUGGAGAAAGACAAGCUGGCCAUUCCCAAGCGCCUGAGAAGAAGUUUGCCCCCAGGCUUGCUGAGAAGAGUCUCAUCGACUUGGACAACCACCACUUCUGCCACAGGUCUGCCCACCUUGGAACCUGCACCAGUGCGGAGAGACCGCAGUGCCAGCAUAAAGCCUCAUGAAGCACCUGUGCCCAGUGCUCUGAAUCCCGACUCUUGGAAUGCCCCAGUAUCAACGACUCUCACCAAGAGCAGAUCCUUCACUUCAUCUUAUGCCAUCUCUGCAGCUAACCAUGUAAAAGCUAAAAAACAAAACAGGCCAGGUAGCCUUGCUGAAAUUUCACCUGUACCCUCACCCUCAUCCUCGCCUCCUCAAGGGUCACCUGCCCGGAGUCCCGUUGGCAACGUCACUUCAGCACAGUUUCCAGAAUCCCCUGAAAUAACUGCCAAGCGGGGCCCUGGAUCUCACAGGGCCUUAACUUACACCCAAAGUGCCCCUGACCUGUCCCCUCAGAUCCUGCCUCCACCUGUCGUAUGUAGCAGCUGUGGCAGACCUUAUUCACAAGGGAAUCCUCCUGAUGGACCCUCAGAGAGAAGUGGCCCAGCCAUUCAGAAACCAAACAGAGCAGAUGACACUUCCCAAGUUACCUCUGAUUAUGAGACCAAUAACAACAGUGACAGCAGUGACAUUUUGCAAAAUGAAGAGGAGGUCGAAUGCCAGAGGGAGCCACCGAGGAAAGCAUCGGCUUGUGGCACCUAUACUUCCCAGACCUUGAUCUUUCUGGACAAGCCAAUUCUUGCUCCUGAACCCCUGGUCAUGGAUAACCUGGACUCAAUUAUGGAUCAGUUAAACACCUGGAAUUUUCCAAUUUUUGAUUUAGUGGAAAAUAUAGGAAGAAAAUGUGGCCGUAUUCUGAGCCAGGUAUCAUACAGACUGUUUGAAGACAUGGGCCUUUUUGAGGCCUUUAAAAUCCCGGUUAGGGAAUUUAUGAAUUACUUUCAUGCUUUGGAGAUCGGAUACAGGGACAUUCCUUAUCAUAAUAGAAUCCAUGCCACUGAUGUUUUGCACGCUGUGUGGUAUCUCACAACGCAGCCGAUUCCUGGCCUCCCAAGCGUGAUUGGUGAUCAUGGAUCAGCAAGCGACUCGGAUUCUGACAGUGGAUUUACACAUGGACACAUGGGAUACGUGUUUUCAAAAAUGUAUCAUGUGUCAGAUGACAAAUACGGAUGUCUGUCUGGGAAUAUCCCAGCCUUAGAGUUGAUGGCCUUGUAUGUCGCUGCAGCCAUGCAUGACUACGAUCAUCCAGGAAGGACGAAUGCUUUUCUGGUUGCCACUAGUGCUCCUCAGGCCGUGCUGUACAAUGACCGUUCAGUUCUGGAGAACCAUCAUGCAGCUGCAGCGUGGAAUCUCUUCAUGUCCCGGCCAGAGUAUAAUUUCUUAGGUAACCUGGACCAUGUGGAAUUUAAGCAUUUCCGGUUCCUAGUCAUUGAAGCAAUUUUGGCUACUGACCUGAAGAAACACUUUGACUUUGUAGCCAAAUUUAAUGCCAAGGUGAACGACGAUGUUGGGAUAGAUUGGACCAAUGAAAAUGAUCGUCUCCUGGUGUGUCAAAUGUGUAUAAAGUUGGCAGACAUUAAUGGGCCUGCUAAGUGUAAAGAACUCCACCUGAAGUGGACAGAGGGCAUCGCCAGUGAGUUUUAUGAGCAGGGUGAUGAAGAAGCCAGCCUCGGUUUGCCCAUAAGUCCCUUUAUGGACCGCUCUGCCCCGCAGCUGGCCAACCUCCAAGAAUCCUUUAUCUCACACAUCGUGGGUCCUCUAUGCCACUCGUAUGACUCUGCGGGUCUCAUGCCAGGAAAAUGGGUGGAUGACAGUGAUGAUUCAGGAGACACUGAUGACCCAGAAGAAGAGGAGGAAGAAGCCGAAACACCAAAUGAGGAAGAAACCUGUGAAAAUAAUACAGCUCCCAGAAAGAAAACUUGCAAAAGGAGGAAAAUCUACUGCCAAAUAACUCAGCACCUCCUGCAGAACCACAUGAUGUGGAAGAAAGUGAUUGAAGAGGAACAGGGCUUAGCAGGCCUAGAGAACAAGUCCCUGGACUCAGCCCCUUUGCAGCAUCCCUCAGAGCAGAUCCAGGCUAUCAAGGAGGAAGAGGAAGAGAAAGGGAAGCCAAGAAUUGAGGAGAGCCCGGCUCCACAGCCAGACCUGUGACCAUGGGUAGAGCGAGCCAUGCUUGCAUACAGAAUUACUUGUCCCGGACACUUUCCAAGCCAGCACAACACUUAGACACAACACUGUAGAAUACCAGAAGGUGGGCAAAUGGCUACAGCAUUUGGGGAAUUCUUCACAUUUUGUGUGUUUCCUUUUACAGUAAGGGAUGACGCUGAAGGCUAGCUUUCACUCUGCGACACCAGUGACUAAGGAUCGUUUUAUCAAAGAGAAAUAUAUGUGUGUGUAUAGAUUCCCACAUAGGCUCAUGUAAGACUUAUAGUCACGUGUAACACAUGCACACUGAUAGCCAGAAUGCCUGACUCCUUAAGGUAGCAACAGUCAUAUUAAGAUAUAUAGAGGUCACUGUGACAUAGAUCUUAAAGGAUGAAAACCCAAGAGGAAAUGUACAGCUUAGCAAGAAAACAAACGUAGGCUCAAGACUGACCAGCUUUUGUUCUCCCUACUGAGGGGACAAACGUUCUAGAACAUUGCUGGGAUUCUAAUGCAUCCUGCCAACUGUGUGUGUAUGUGUGUGUGUGUGUGUAUGUGUAUGUGUAUGUGUGUGUGUGUGUAUGUG